CGUCAAAGAUGGCUGGCAGUGGCAGCCAAUGCCACAUGGUGGAGCAGCCGAGCUGGUCCAGUCCCUCGGCCAGUCCCAGCCCGCCACCGCCGCCGCUGCCGCCUCCAGUGGCGGCGCGCUGGGCUCGCACCGAGCAGGCCAGUGCCGACUCGUGUCCGCACUGCAGAGGUCGGCUGGCGUCGUUGCCCACUCGUACCACAUCUUUAAGCAGUUACAGUUGUAAGGAUCGGGGCACGCCGGUGCUCAGGCCUCCCGAGGACGAGGACUCCUUUCCCGUUAUCUGUGAUAGAGAACUGCACUCGCUACAUCGAAAUAUACCGGCGCUUCGGAGAAGAGACGUGGACACGGCCACCAUCAAACAGCACUAUUAUCCCGAAGGAGGAUGGGGCUGGCUAGUUUGCGGCGCAGCUUUUCUAGCGCAUCUUCUAACAUCUGGACUUCAACUGGCCUUUGGAUUGCUCUACCUCUACACCAUGAAAUUCCUGAUAAAAAGCAAAACGGAAAGUGAAAAAGAAUUCUACAUUAUGGCAACAGCUUGGUUGGGAGCAUUAUGCCUGUGCGUAUCGUUCACAACAUCACCUUUGAUCAUAGCGGUGUGCAGGAGGAAAUCAACUAGACUGGCAGCGGUUUUAGGAGGAUUGGUUAUGGCGUUGGCCUGUCUCUUUACUUCGUUUGCUGUCAAGUUCCAUCAAGCUCUUCUUAGUUAUGGUUUGGUGUUAGGAUUGGGGGCUGGUGUAGUAAGAGAGACGUCAACUAUAGUUUUAGGACAUUACUUUAAGAAAAGGCGGGAAUUUGUGGAGAUGGUUGCUCAAGCAGGAACCGGUGUUGGGAUAGCUCUAUUUUCCGUUUUGUACAAAGAAGCAGUAGGGAAAUUGGGAUGGAGAUUGGGUCUGCAAGCGGUGACAGGCCUGUUAGCUUUAGGUUUCUUUCUCCCCAUCGUGUACCGAUCGGCAAACCUCUAUCAUCCUCAGAGGAGAGCCAUCACGCAUCUGAAAAACCAAAGAAAGAAAAUGAAGGAGAAAAAGACGCAUUCUAAGGUGAAGAAACCGCCGAUGUUCGAUUUCAGCCCUUUGAAAAGCAGAGGGUUGAGGGUGAUGAUGCUGGCGUGCGGUUUUGGAGCCUUGGGGAUAUACGCACCCAUUUUUUAUUUGGUAUAUCAGGGUUACAAGGAAGGUAUUGAAGACAGUGCCCUAGUACUCUUACAAACGUUCAUGGGCUUCGCUUCUGCCCUAGGCUGUGUCGGUUUUGGUCUGAUCACUGUCAGACCUAGUUCCCAAUGUCUGAUCUCGAGGCAGUACCUCUGCCAGACAGCAUUAAUAGGAAUAGGUAUAUCUCUAUUAGCUCUGAGUGCCGUUCAGGGCUAUCACGGUUACGUUCUCUUCGUCUGGCUGUACGGAAUAUGCCUGGGCGGCUUCACGUACUCCCUGAAGAUGUUCGCCUUGGAACGAAUUCGAAACAAGCACUUCACGAAAGCGUGGAGCUUCAUACAGGGCGCCAAAUCCAUACCGGUACUUCUGGGUAUACCCAUUACGGGGUACAUCAAUCAGACCUAUCCCAAGGCUGGGUACUACUUUAGUUUCUGCACUGCUCUCAUAGGUGCCAGUUUGAUGUUCCUGGUCGGUACUAGAAAAGAACAUGUCAACGUCAGCUUGCAAGCCAGUCCCGCUGUUGCCAACAAUUGUACCGCGAUGCCAACAAACAACCUGCAGGAGUGCGUCUGCAAUUUGGCCACCUACAACGGCAUAUGCGUGGCAGCUCCAGAAAUCCUGCCCUACAAUUUUUGCCGGCAGGGCAGCAACCAUUACGAGAGGAUAUUCACCAACUGCGAGGAUUACCAUAACAAAACGCAAGUGAAUAAUUUUCACAGACACUCCUAUCGUCAAAAACCGGAACCAAUCAUCCAAUACCUACCCAAGAGCCAAAGUUACGCGGCCAACAUCGACCAUUCGGCAUACCACACGCCCAAACACCACGCGCACAACCACCAUGACGUGGCCAGGUUCUCAUCGUUACCCAGGCCACACCACCGGGGUAUCCUGAGACCCAGCAAGAGCUUCCCGGAAGGACUAGCCAGGUGGGAGUACUGCGGCUCGUACAGGAGACCCAUGCUGAGGAACGUACAGGUGAUUGAACAGAUUACCACCUCAGUUUAAGUUUGUCCUUUAAUAUCAACUGUCAAUACUAAAGUAACAUAAGAAAUUAUGUAGAAAAUGAUGCUUAACAGCCGCUAAAAAUCUGUAGAUUAUUGUUUUACCAAAUAGAUAGAUUACGAUAAGUCCCAAGUCUAGUUCGUAUCAUUGUAAAUUUCAAAUUUUGUCAGAUAUUUACCCAAACAAAAUCCUCUUAUCAGUGAAGUUACAUAAAAAUAAGUCAGAUUUUUAUAAUUGAUUAUAUUUACAGAUUAUAUAAAAUAAAAUGAUAUAUACAAUUUCUGAGACAUUA